GGCGUGUACCGCUGGUUCUCCGAGCUGCCCUCCCCGCAGCGUGUGGAGUUCCUCUGCGGCCUCCUGGACCUCUGCAUCCCGCUGGAGCUGCGCUUCCUGGGCGCCUGCCUGGAAGACCUGGCCCGUAAGGACUACCACUCCCUGCGUGACUCCGAAAUCAAGGCCAACAACCCCGCCGACCUGGGGAGCCUCACCAACCUGACGGACGAGGUGGUACGCAGCAAACUUUUGGUUUCUCUCGCCCUGCUCGGGUCCGGGGUCCUCUUCCGUACCCUCACCCACAUCGACUCGGUCAUCAACAACUAUGGGCUGCAACUCAACGAGGGCCGCACAGGGGAUGAGUUUCUGUUGCUCUUCACGAUGGCAUCCAACCACCCUGCUUUCAGCUUCCACCAGAAGCAGGUGCUGAGGCAAGAGCUCACCCAGAUCCAGAAUAUCAUGGCCAGCACCAGCAAGGGGUCCUCUUCCGUACCCUCACCCACAUCGACUCGGUCAUCAACAACUAUGGGCUGCAACUCAACGAGGGCCGCACAGGGGAUGAGUUUCUGUUGCUCUUCACGAUGGCAUCCAACCACCCUGCUUUCAGCUUCCACCAGAAGCAGGUGCUGA